AACUAACGGAAAGGAUGAAAUGAUUUGUAUCACUUAUGGAAAGGAUGAUCGGUGUCAUGACCGGGUACGUGUAAGGAAGAUUAGAUGCCUCAACUGUAACUAAGUUUUGGGAUUUGAUUUGAGACGAUGAUGUCAUCACGAUUUGAGAAUGUACGAUGGAAGGGAUGGCUUGUGGUCCUUGGAGGGAUACUUAUUCACAUCACCCUAGGAAGUCGGUACACAUUUGGUAAUCUUACCUCCUAUAUCACAUCCUACCUGCGAGAGCGGACCCCUUCUGAAAGUAUACGAUAUAAGGACACAACUUCGAUAUUUCUUUUGUUAAUAACGUGCUAUGGAGCGACGGUACCGUUAGGAGGCGUGUUAGAUGAACGCUUAGGUCCGAGACUAGUGUCAAUCAUAGGGUGCUGGGUUGCAAGCAUUGGUGUAUUUACGACCUAUUUUAGUAUACAAGAUUCAUUUUAUUCAGUACUUCUAACCUAUGGAUUAAUAUUUGGCAUUGGAUCUGGUAUCGCUUACAUACCGGCAUUGGCGUGUGCUAUGAAGUGGAUGCCGGAGAAGAAGGGACUUGUGAAUGGCUUGGUCACCGGUGGACACGGAAUAGCUGCUGUUAUUUGGAAUCCAAUAGAAACUGAGUAUAUCAAUCCGCAUAACCUGUCACCCAACACAUCGUUGAAGGAAGAACCGACAGAAAGGUACUUUGCGGAAGCUUCAGUUCUAGAUCGAGUACCGUCAUGUUUUUUGCUCCUCGGCAUUUCAUUCGCAAUUAUUCAAUUCAUCGGCGUGCUCUUACUAUUUGAUCCAUCAGAACCCUCAGAACCAUGUGUUGAAGAUGAGAAACAUCUGACGAAGUCGGAUGGUGAGCCUCUCCAGGCGGGUGGAGAGUACAAAACCUUCGAGAUAGAAGGAGAAACUUCCGAGGGGGUAGAGGAUGAUACUGAGCAAGAACAAGGCCUUGUGGAUGAGAAGUGGACUGGAUUAGAUAUUCCUCCUCUAGAAGUGUACACUGAAACAGCGUUCUGGAUUUUGUGGUCGACACACUUAAUCACUGUGUUAGGAAUAGUCUUUAUAAUGGCUUUAUACAAGGCAUAUGGGCAGACCAUGAUCAAUGAUGACUACUUCCUGUCAUUAACUGGGUCAGUUAGUGCAAUCUUUAACGGAGUUGGUCGAAUCUUUUGGGGUUGUAUGGCCGACAGAUACUCAUAUAAGCUUUUAUUAUAA